AUGGAAAAUAGAUCAAGUGUUACCACAUUCAUUCUGGAUGGCUACUUUGUGAUGGACCAGCAGAAGCAUUUUUUCUUUUUCAUUUUUCUCAUACUUUAUGUCAUAAUUCUAUUACUAAACUCACUUUUGAUUAGCAUUAUCUAUUUUGAAAAGACAAUGCAUAAUCCAAUGUAUAUCUUGGUAUGUAAUCUUUCAUGUAAUGGAAUGUUUGGCAGCACAAGUUUGAUUCCUCAUCUCCUAUUUAAUCUUGCUACUGAAGGGCACAAAAUAUCUUUAACAAAUUGUCUAAUACAAAUCUUCUGUUUACAUACAUAUAAUAUUAUCGAGCUAAAUAUAUUGGCCUUCAUGAGCUAUGAUCGUUAUGUUGCAAUUUGUUACCCGCUUCACUAUCAUGAUAUGAUGUCAACAAAAAAACUUCAGGUAUUUAUAUUUUUUGUAUGGGCUUAUCCAUUGGCUACUUUUCUGGUAUAUGAAUCAUUUACAAUACGCUUAACCUUUUGCAGUGAAAUUAUAGAUAAGACACACUGUGUAAAUUUUGAACUCAUAAAACUCUCUUGCACAGACAUCACUAUCCAUAGCAUAACUGGUCUUGGUGUGACAAUUGUUUACAUUAUUCCACAGUUUAUAAUGAUUUUAUUUUCUUAUGCACAAAUUUUGAGCGUUUGCAUAUAUUCUUCUAAGGAAUGUCAAAACAAAGCCAUACAAACAUGUACACCUCAUCUUCUUGCUGUUUUAAAUUAUUUUUUUGGAAUAGUUUUUGAAAUAAUACAAAGCCGGUUAAAUUCCAGGUAUUUCCCAUAUGAUUUUCGGACUUUCAUGUCUUUAUAUUUUAUGAUAUUUCCUCCUCUGUUGAAUCCAGUUAUCUAUGGUAUAAGUGGUCAGAUUAUGAGGAAACAUAUUGAGAAAUUUUUUACUUGUAAAAAAUGUGGCUGCUUUUAA